AUGCAACAAGACGCUUCUACGGCUGCCUCAGCUUACGAGAAGACCCCAUCCGUUGAAGCCUUGAAGAAGCCCCUUAAUCAUGACAACACUACUGAGUCACCAUCCAUCCACGAAGCUCAUGGUGCCGAUGGGUCAGCCGCCGGUGGUAUAUUCGAUAAGCUGCUCGCGAUGGAAGCCGCCCUAGACCGUAAGCUUGGCAUCGAGUCUCACGCCAUCGAACGUAUCCGUGCCGAAGAGAAGGUGCCUCAGUCAUGGCAUCAGCAGGCAGCCAUGUUCCUUCUCUGGGCGGGAGGUCUCCUUAAUAUCUCGACCCUCUCUACCGGCAUCCUGGGUGCACAGCUCGGCUUCGACUUCAGUCGCAGUGUAGCUAUCACUGUGUUCGGCAACCUGCUUGGAGCCGCCGUUACUGGGUGGUGUGCGACACUUGGUCCUGGCACCGGUUUACGGCAAAUUUCCAUCUCACGAUACAGUUUCGGGUGGUAUCCAUCCAAAAUUGCCGCCGCUCUGAAUGUCAUUACUCAGGUUGGCUUCUCCUCUCUUGCUUGCAUCACAGCUGGCUCGGCCAUCUCUGCUGUCUCGGAUGGCAGAGUCAACAAAGCUGUGGGCAUAAUCAUCAUUGCCGUAGGCAGUACCGUGGUCAACUUCUGCGGUCUCAAAGCAGUUCUUCUCUACGAGAAGUAUGCCUGGAUCGUCUUCUUCAUCCUCUUCCUCGUAAUGUAUGGAGAGAUUGCACCCCGGGCGGAGAUCAAGGCCGAGAGUGGGCUCGGCGGCGUCGAUAUGAGCGGCAGCGCUCUCUCUCUGCUUGCUGUUAUGUAUGGCUUCAGUGUCUCUUGGUGCACGCUGGCGGCCGACUAUUAUGUGCACUACCCUAUCAACACUUCUCGAGUCGAGGUCUUCUUUCUCUGCACCAUGGGCAUUACGGUCUCGACCUGUGUCAACAUGCUACUUGGCUGCUGUAUCGGAACCUUGAUUAGAGCUGACCAGACGUUGUCUGACGUCUAUGAGAACGAGGGCAUUGGCUUCUUGUUGCAGAAGCUGUUAUAUCCCCGUGGCUACGCCAAGUUCACGCUGGUAGUCUUGUCGCUUGCUGGGAUAGGACAGAACAGCAUCAACUUAUACUCUUGUGCUCUCUCGAUCCAGCAAUUUGCCCGUCCAUUCGCUCGUAUACCUCGUUUCAUGUGGUCUAUCGCGCUUUUUGGUGUUGUCGUCGGGCUUGCUAUCGGAGCUGGAAACUCGCUCAGCACCUACCUCUUGAAUUUCUUGUCCCUGUUAGGCUACUGGAUGACUUCCUUCUUCGUGCUUAUUUUCGUCGAGCACUAUGUUUUCCGCAAGGGCUCGUUAGAUAAUUACGACCUUGAUGGAUGGAGUGACCCAAAGCGUCUUCCUCUAGGCAUUGCCGGAUGUGUCGCUUUUCUCAUUGGUGUGGCUGGUUGGGUUCUUGGUAUGGUCCAGACAUGGUAUGUGGGUCCACUUGGUGGCCUUAUUGGGGGUAGCGGUGGUGAUAUUGCAAACGAGCUCACGUUGGUGUUUACGUUAAUUACAUUCAUUCCAUUGAGGUAUGUAGAGCUAAAGUAUGUUGGACGUUAG